AUGAAGCAUUUUUCUCUCAUCAUUCAUGCAUUCUGUUAUAUAUUUGUCCACUUGAUUUCUCUCUUUGCAUUGAAGCUAUUGCUUAGCACAAACAUGUUUGUCUCUGCAUCAGGCAACCAUACUGAUCAUUUGGCACUACUCAAAUUCAAAGAAUCCAUAUCAAGUGAUCCUUAUGAAGUUCUGCUAUCAUGGAAUAGUUCUACUCACUUCUGUAAUUGGCAUGGAAUCACAUGCAAUUCCAUGCACAAAAGAGUUACAAAGUUAGACUUGGCAGGGUACAAGUUGAAGGGAUCCAUAUCUCCUCACCUAGGAAAUCUCUCUUACAUGACAAUCUUCUACCUUGACAACAACAAUCUGUACGGAGACAUCCCACAAGAACUGGGAAAAUUGUCACAAAUGGAGGAACUCUCUGUGGGAAACAACUCAUUGGUAGGAGAAAUUCCUACAAACUUGACAUAUUGCACUAAUCUCAAAGUCCUAUACUUAUUUGGGAACAAUCUGAUUGGAAGAAUACCAACAGAAAUUAGCUACCUUCACAGGCUUCAAAAUUUGAAUGUUGGGAGCAAUAAGUUAACAGGACGAAUCCCAUCGUUUCUUGGGAAUCUUUCUGCUCUACAUCGUCUCUCAGUGGGUAUUAACAACUUAGAGGGAGAAGUUCCACAUGAAUUGUGUCACCUAAAAGACCUGGUACAGAUAUUUGUACCAGUCAACAAUUUGAUUGGUACAUUUCCUUCUUGCUUAUACAACAUCUCAUCUCUGACUGUGAUCUCAGCUACAGCAAAUCAGUUUACUGGAUCUCUUCCAUCCAACAUGUUCCACACUCUCCCCAAUCUCCAACAAUUUUACAUCGCUCUAAAUCAAGUCUCAGGUACAAUCCCACCUUCCAUUUCAAAUGCAUCUACCCUUUCACUACUUGAGAUAGCUGCAAAUCAAUUCACAGGACAAGUUCCAGAUUUGGAAAAACUACAAGAUCUUUUUUAUCUAGGUUUGUCUCAAAACAAUCUAGGUGACAAUUCAACUAAUGAUUUGAAGUUUCUUAAAUCAUUGACAAAUUGUAGUAGUUUGCAAAUGUUGGAUAUAUCUUACAAUAAUUUUGGAGGUCAAUUGCCAAAUUCUUUAGCCAAUUUCUCCACCCAACUCAAUCAGCUGUAUCUUACAAGUAAUAAGAUAUCAGGAGAUAUUCCUACAACAAUGGGAAAUCUGAUUGGCUUGACUCAAUUGAUGAUGGGAUAUAAUCGCUUCAGUGGGAGUAUUCCAUCAACUUUUGGAAAGUUUCAAAACAUGCAAAAGUUAGUGUUAAGAGCAAACCAGUUGUCAGGACAUAUAGGAGACUUUGUUGGCAACCUUAGUCAAUUGUAUUUUUUGGAUAUGACAAGAAAUAUGUUGGAAGGAAAUAUACCUUCGAGUAUACGAAAUUGUCAAAAGUUACAAUAUCUGUGUCUUUCACAAAACAAUUUGACAGGAAGCAUACCUUUAGAGAUCUUUAAUCUCUCCUCUUUGUCAAUCUUGUUGAAAUUGUCACAAAACUCAUUGAGUGGCAAUAUACCAAAAGAAGUGGGAAAGCUGAAAAAUGUUAAUCAUCUAGAUGUGUCUGAGAAUCUUUUGUCUGGUCACAUUCCUGAAACUAUUGGAGAAUGCAUAACAUUAGAGUACCUCUAUUUGCAAGGAAAUUCUUUACAGGGAAGCAUACCAUCUUCUUUAGCAUCACUCAAAGGCCUUCAACGUUUAGAUCUGUCACGAAACAAUUUAUCAGGAUCAAUCCCUACUGGUUUGCAGAACAUUUCUUUCUUAGAAUAUUUCAAUGUAUCCUUCAACAUGUUGGAUGGUGAAGUUCCAACUGAAGGUGUGUUUCAGAAUGCAAGCGGCUUUGUGGUGAAUGGAAAUAAUAACCUCUGUGGAGGUAUUUCCAAACUGCAUCUACCACCAUGCCCUUUCAAAGGUAAGAAACUUCAAAAACACCACAAGUCUAGGUUGAUAACAGUGACAGUUAGUGUGGUUGUUUUUCUUCUCAUAUUGUCAAUUAUUCUAACUAUCUACUGGAUGAGAAAAAACAAAAACAAACCAUCUCUGGAAUCAACAACGAUUGACCAACUAGCUAAAGUUUCAUACCAAAGCCUACACAACGGAACUGAUGGGUUCUCAGCAACAAAUUUGAUUGGCUCUGGAAAUUUUAGCUCUGUCUAUAAAGGAACUCUUGAGUUUGAAGACAAAGUUGUUGCUAUAAAGGUCCUAAAUCUUCAAAAAAAAGGAUCCCACAAGACUUUCAUAGCUGAAUGCAACGCACUCAAAAGUAUUAAACAUCGAAAUCUGGCUAAGAUUUUAACAUGUUGUUCAAGUACAGAUUACAAAGGUCAAGAGUUUAAAGCUUUAAUUUUUGAGUACAUGAAAAAUGGAAGCUUAGAACAAUGGCUACAUCCGAGGACACAAGGUCUGGAACAACAUCAAAGAUUAUUAAACCUCGGUCAAAGAUUAAAUAUCAUCACUGAUGUUGCUUCUGCAAUACAUUAUCUUCAUCAUGAAUGUGAGCAAUCGAUUAUUCAUUGUGAUUUAAAGCCAAGCAAUGUUCUUCUGGAUGAUGACAUGGUUGCUCAUGUGUCUGAUUUUGGCAUAGCAAGAAUUCUCACAACUAUUAAUGGUACUGAUAAGCAAACGAGUACAAUUGAGUUCAAAGGGACAAUUGGUUAUGCUCCCCCUGAGUAUGGAAUGGGUUCUGAGGUGUCUAUGAAUGGUGACAUGUACAGUUUUGGGAUCCUUUUAUUGGAAAUGUUUACUGGAAGAAGACCCACGGAAGAAAUGUUUACAAAUGGUCAAACUUUGCAUAAAUUUGUGGAAAAUUCAUUGUUUGAAAAUCUCUUACAAAUUUUGGACCCAUCACUUAUACCGAAGCAUGAAGGAGAAACAACAGAAGAAGAGAACAGUCAAAAUCUUAGUGCAGAUGAUGAAAACUACUUAGUUUCAGUCUUUAAGAUUGGACUUGCUUGCUCAAUGGAAUCACCUAAAGAAAGAAUGGAUAUUAUGGAUGUCACAAAAGAACUAAGCAAAAUCAGAAAAGCAUGGAGCAAAGGCAUGGAGUAUGAGAGCAGAAUCCAUGAUCAGCGACAACAAUAAGAAGACAGAGUGGUUCAAAAAAGAAAAUGAAGAAGAAACAAGCAUCUACCUUCUGGUGCCCGUCCUCAUCAAAUUCUUUUUGAUAGAAGAAACAAAAACACUACAAUGGCCAUAAUAUUGCAUUUCUACUCCAGCGGAAAGAGAAACAAACUUAGUACCUGUGACGGUAGGGUUUCAAAUGAUGUAUUUUUGCUGGUAGUGUUACAUGAAUUAUUGGAAAGAUGGUUAAUCGGUGUUUCAUUGGUUAAGAAUAAUCGAGAUUUCUGAUAUUAAUAAUUAUUAGUGUAAUGUUAUUUUAUGGAAAA